AUGGCCGUUUCUGACACCGUGAAACAUCUUGGUGCCAUUUUUUCGGAUGGCGAACUUAAGCGAGGAAUCAGGGACGCCACCAAAUAUGCCAUGCACCUGGUUCAAGAAGAGGACACAAACACAAAAGAAAAAGAGAGAAUUCCCCUCAUGGACCCAAUGCUGGAAGCUUUGAGCGCCACUACAACACUGCUGGAAAAACUGACAAAGAGAGAAAUAGCGUUGGAUGUCGCACGAAAAGAUUUAAUCGAACGAAUGCUCAUCUGCCACAUCAACGACACACAAGUGCACCACGAAGUGGAAAAUGAUGCGAUCAAAGCCGAGAACCUGCUGAAAGCCGAGCUGACUUUCGUCUCAGAAAUGAUAUGUUUAUCCUGA